AUGGAUAGAUCCAAGAAGCCCAAAUCAUCAAACUUAGCAUCACACAGGCGAUUCCAGCUACUGGACUUGAACAAGUCGUCGUCCUCGCUGAACAUGUCGACGUCCUCUCUGAGGAGCAUCGGCGAGGAGGCAAGGAAGGGCGGCGGAGCUGUUGCUGUGCAAGCAAGCAGGAGGGCGACCACGGUGAGAUUUGCUCCUCCUCCGCUGUCGUCGGCGACAAAGGUGAGCUCGGGUCUGGUUUCCCACUCUCAGUCUCAGCAGGCAUUGGCAAUGGCAAGGCCUGCGACUGCAAGUGGAGCGCGCCCGGGCUCUGCCUCAUCAGGGACGAGGUGCAGGACGCCUGCAGGGAGGUUGCCGGAGCCGGCCGGUCCCAAGGCAAUGAGGAGGAGCUGGGGGUGGACAGCUGCUGAAUUGGAUGCCAAGGAGGCGGCAGCGAGCGGAAAUCCUGUGGUCUCGAAGGUCAUGGCAAAGACGCACUCCAGAAGUAGCUCGGCCCCAAGAAGAUUGCCAGCAGAGGAGAAAGAGAAACCAUUGCCAAAGAGAGGCAGUAAGAUCAUGAUCACCUCCACCUCUAGGACGAAGACAAACCUAGGCACGCCUCCAAAAACAGAGACGCAGGGAAGCAGAAGCCCCCCUGGCGUUGCAGCUGCAAGGACGAACAUGAAGGCUCCCAACAGUGUGUCACUGAAGAACAUGGACACAGUCUCCCCUCCUCCCAGAAAAACAUCCGUCGCGACCAUCGGCGCCUGCUGGGAGUCUCUACCAUCAGAUCUUCAGAACCUGGGGCUGGAGGUCAUGAGGUACAGGGAUGACGCGGAGGCUGCUGCUGUAGAGGCCCUGCAUCAGUCCUCUGCCGCAGAGACUUUGCUACGAUGUCUCAGUGCCUUUGCAGACUUGACCUCCGCCGUGGCCGAGCUAUCGCCGCAGCAGACCGUCGACGAGUUCCUCGCCCUCCACGGGGCGCUCGGGGCCGCAGUUCCCCGCGACGACAAGGGAGAUGGUCACGCCGCCGCCGGGGCCUGGCUGCGUGCCGCAGUCACCACUGACCUCGCACACUUCUCUCUACUAUACUCCGCGGCGUCUCGCAGCAAGUCCAGCGGCGCGGCGUCGCCUACCGUGUCCCCGGCGUCGCCGCCACCACCGGCACAACGGGCGGCGCCAUCUGGAGAAGCCGGCGCGGAGGAGUCGUGGAUGGAGGCGGCGCGGAGGGCGCUAGGAGAGCAGAUGCGGGCGUGGUUUCUUGGCCACGUGGAGCGGCUGCUCGACGGCGACGUGGCCGGGACGCUGGGGCAGCUCAAGAGGGUGAACGACUGGCUGGACGCCGCCGUCGGGCUGGGGCCGGAGUCGGACGCCGUCGAGCGGGUCAGGAAGAAGAUCUACGGUUACCUGCUGGACCACGUCGAGUCGGCGGUGGUUGCGCUGAACGGCGGCGUUGCAGCUGCCCGCCGAAAAUAA